AUGGCUACUUCAUCUUUUAAUACUAAUCAUACCUGGUCUGAUGAUGUCUUCAUGAGUUUUGGACGUGAUAAUAUCAUUAAAAGAUUUGUGGACCAUCUAUUUAGUGAUUUCAAACGAAAAGGAAUUCGUGCUUUUAAAGAAGGCGAAGACCUGCAGAGAGGAGAAGAGAGAUCUCCACAAAUCCAAAGAGCCAUUGAACAAUCAAGGUUUCUGGUGGUUAUAUUUUCUAAAAGCUUAGCUUCCUCGCCAUGUUGUUUGAGGGAGCUUCUGAAAAUCCUUGAGUGCAAGGAGAUAGAUCAGGACAAAUAUCAAAUUUGCCCCAUUUUUUAUAGUGUGAAGUCACAAAAGGUGGUUAAUGGACCCAACAACUAUGUAGAAGCCUUAAAAGAACUUGACAUCCUAGAGAAAACAGAGGUGGCUCAAUUGAAGGAAGCUUUGACCAAAGCUGCAAACUUACCUGGAUGGGAUCCGGAAGAUCUGGCCAAUGGGUAA